AUUUAUUAUUAGAUGGGUAAGAGAUGGAGGUGUGGGGCCAUGCAUGUUGUGGUCAAAGGGCAGUUUGUGGAGUUAGGUGUCUCUUUCCCUUUAAGUGGGCUCUAGGUUGUAAGGCCUGCACUUCAAACAUCUAUCUGCUGAGCCAUCUCACUAACCCCUUUCAGGCACUCGUAAAGACAGAAACAAGUGUGUGGAAGCUGCUUGCCAUCUGUUUGUUGAAAGCAAGUAAAUAGCAGAAGCUUUUUUCUUUUUUUUUUUUUUUUUUUGAGAUAGGAUUUUAAUAAUAUAGUUUGGGCUGUUCUUAGAACUCAUUGUGUAGACCAGGCUGGCCUCAAAUUCGCUAAGUAGCAAAUGAUGGCCUUGAAUAUCUGAUCGUCCUGCCUCUUCCUCCCAAGUGCUGUGGUUACAGGCGUGCACCACCCCUUGGUUUCUCCAGUGUGAAAGCCUGAACUUAAGGUUCAAUCAUGCCGAGUUAGUGCCACCAACUGAUCUGCAUCCUGAGGCUCUAGUCUGCAGACUUUCCCUGUUUGUCAAAUCCGCAAUGUCUCCAGCUAUUCUCAUGUUUUAAUUGAUGAUAGUGUUUCUCACAAAGAGACUUAAAUAGCUCCGAGCUGCAUACAGGAUCCUAGCUGCUAAGGGUUGCUGUGGCGUUAGCAGGACAAUUGUUACAUCAACGGCAGCAGUUUCAUCAGAAUUAGGCUGUGUGAGGUUCUGAGUAAGAAUUCUGUCAUUGCUGCCAGUGAUGGCUUUGGAAAAAGAUGCCUGUCCUGCUUUGCCGAAACUGGACAGGAGCAGCACGGCAGGGAAUGCAGCGAAGCCUGCCAAUAAAGUGCUCGAGGUGCUGCAAGCGGAAGCGUGUGGGAUCUAUGCUGGCCCCUUGGAAGAUUCUCUGUUCUGGGGUUACAGUGAGCGGCUCUGCCACGGGGAAGACCGGAAAGUCGUCCUGAAGAAAGGCCCUCCGGAGAUAAAGAUUGCCGACACGCCUUUGCAUUCCCCUCUCUCCAGAUACCAGAGCACCGUGAUCUCCCAUGGCUUCAGGAGGCGACUGAUCUGAAGUGCUGACCUGGGUGGGGGAGGGUAGCCGCAUGCUUGCCCAGCACACAAAAGGUUCAGGGUUCCAACCCCAUUACUACUAAAAGUAAUAAAAUGAUAAAGUAGUUCAGUCUCUUGCCCUCGCUCGGUUCUGGUGCUUAAGUUCAUUGUAUUUUGCCGAAAAGUUUAAUUUAACAAUUGUUAAGUCAAAAGCAUAAUAGAGAUAUCUUUGAAGGUUUAGAGAGGGCUAAUAUAAGUUCUGAGGCUGUCUGAGGUGGGGUGGGAGAGGAAGGAAACUGCUUCGUGGUGGAUUUCCCAGGUGGAUAAGGAGCAAGGGAUGAGCCCAGCCCUACCGUCCGGUGCAUGCCGUCCCAGCCACUGCCAGUCCAUAGGUGCGGCUAAGCCGCCUCGUUGGGCAAAUACUGUUUGACAGCAGACAAUCCUCUGGCUUUUACAAUCUUUCCACCCCAUCUUCUGCUUUGGUCUGAAUGUUAGGGAAAGGAGAAAUCAUAUGGUGGCUAUCCUACCUAUGAGCUCCAUAGUCUUAUUCUCUGCAUAUUGGCCAAUUAUGGGUCUCUAAUGAGAAUUGCAGUAUGCACUAAUCUAUGGCUCUCAAGGUAAAAACGUGGGGGCAGUGGUUGGUUACUCCCGUAGCCUUCUUUCCGCUGUUGCAACAGGAGGCAUAUCUACUUAUGGCUUCUUAACCGGGCUAGACUGUUGCUUGCUUUUCUUCUUUGGUGGCAUGCAUAGACCCUCCUAGGACUCAGAAUGCUAGCCAGGUGUGAUGGAGCUUUCAGUCCCAGCUCAGUUUCUCCAAGUCCCAUGAUUCACGUGAUGUCUCCAGCACUAAGGUUCUGCCAUCACGUUCAUCAAGGGGAACCGAGAACAAAGGCAACAGCUUGUAGUAUUAGGGGAAGAUGUCCAUGGGACCUUGCUGAACAACAGCUUGCAAAGAGGUCACCUGCACCUGGAACUGGGCUUGUUAUUCGAUAUCCCUAUGGUGUCUGACAGAGACAUUGUUCCCAUUAUAGAGUACUCCCAUUAAAACUCCUUUUCUAUAUGUACUUAUCUAUAUUAGGAAGCUUCUAGAGGAGGUUUCUGUCUUAGGGUUUCUGCUGAGAAGAAACACUAUGAUCAAAAGCAAGCUGGAGAGGAAAGGGUUUAUUUGGUUUACACUUCCACAUCAUAGUUCAUCACCAGAGGAAGCCAGAAACUCAAACAGGGCAGGAAGCCAGAGACAGGAGCCAAUCAGAGACUAUGGAGGAGUGAUGCUUACAAGCUUUCUCUUCCUGACUUGCUCAUCCUGCUCUCUUACAGGACCCAGGACCAUCCGCCCAGGGAUGGAGCCAUCUUCAAUGGACUGGUCCCUCUCCCAUCAAUCACACUUAAGAAAAGGCCUUAUAGCAAGUUCUUACGGAGGUGUUUUCUCAGCUGAGGUUCCCUCCUUUCAGAUAACUCUAGCUGUGUCGAGCUGAUAUAAGACUAGCCCGCACAGGUUCCAUGUAGCAUUUAAAAAGAUUUUUCGUGUUAUCACUUCCCAAAUUCUUCCUUCUAUUCCCCCCACCCCAUUUAACCCUUCCUCUUCCUCUCUUCUCUUUCCCCCUUCACAUCACCUGAGUUUUACCCCCUUCCCUAGAAAUACACUUUGUAUUUCCUUACUCUUUCCCCCCACCCUCUUUGACAUGGUCUUUCUAUGUAGCCCAGGUCAGACUGGAACUUAUGAUCAAUAUUCUUACUUAUGAAACAUACUCACAAUGGACUCUAGGAAUCCACCUGCCAAAGCUCACAUCCGACAGUUUCUGUUAUCUUUCUUCUUUCUAAUGUAUAAAUUUCUGAUGUGGGAGUGUCAUAUAUCAAUCUGUUGAUUUCAUUGGUUAAGUUAUAAUAAACCAGCUGCUUGGCCUCAUGGCUGGAACAUAGAUGGGAGGAGUAAACAGAAUAGAAUUCUGGGCGGAAGAGGAAGUGAGGUCAGACUCUGCUCUGCUCCCAGAGAGACCCGACAGCUCUGCUGGAGCAGAGACCCCAUGCUCAGCUCUCCCAGGCAGCUGCAACCCACGAUGGACUUAGGCUAGAAUCUUUCCGGUAAGCGCACCUUGGGGUGCUUACAAACAUCAUUAGAAAUGGGCUAGACCAGGUGCUAGAAUUAGCCUGUAAGGGCUAGAGUUCAUGGGUCAAGCAGUUCUUUAAAUGAAUACAGUUUGUGUGUUGUUAUUUCGGGCAUAAGCUAGCCAAGCGGCCGGGGUGUUGGGGACGCAGCC